AUGGCUUCACCGGACGACAGCCAAACGAGACCUAAAACCGUAGAUCAUCAAUAUAUGUAUAAUGAUAAUAGCAAUUUCCAGGCACAACAGCAACAUCAUAUGUAUCCUCAAACGCCACCUGUCAUGUACCCAAUUAUCCCCUGUCCUCACCCUCAGGCCGCCUACCCGUACACCCCAUCACCACCGCAGUCAUCAUCGUUCCACCACGUCUCGAUAAAUUACCCAUAUAAUAAUAGUAAUGCAGGCUACUACUACAAUAAUAACAAUAAUAAUAGUAGCAAUAAUUACAACCAGCAACCCUAUAUUCAAGGAGAAAUAAUUCGGAACGAGACGUUUUCCUCUUCGUUCGGCCGCAUGAUGCUGAUUCUAAUGGUGGUGCUUGUGGCUGCCAUGUGCAUGAUGAGCCUUGCCACGUGGCUCCUCUACGGGACCUACGUACCGGAGUUCGAAGUCGCCUCCCUUAAGGUUUCGAAUUUCAGCGCCACCAACACAACCCUAAGGGGCACGUGGAUCGCUGACGUCAUCGUCUACAACCCGAACGAGGAGUUGGCGGUUAACUUUGAGCGCGUCAGGUCUCUGGUGUUCUACAAGGGUGUGAUCGUCGGUGCGUCUACUUUGGAUUCGUUUCAGGUCGAGAGUAAUUUGAGGUUCAAUAUGAAUUUCAGCGUGGCGGCGGCAGAGGCGGAUGAGGAGAGGGUGGUCAGCGUGGGCCCGGGGAGUAGUAGUAUUAAUAAUAAUAAUAACAAUAAUAAUUUGCAUGGAUUGGUUUUAUCGGCUCUUGCUCAGGAUUGGAGCAACGGGGCGGUGGUUUUCAGCUUGAGGAUUGCUCUAGAUGCUAAAUUAGCGUCCCCUAAUCAAGUUUACAGACAGGAUAAUUUGAGAGUUUCUUGCGAUGAUUUAGAGGUUAAGUUUAUGGCUGCUGAUAUGGAUGAAGGGAGGUUGAGUCGGGGGUUGGGCGCGCAAUGUUUGAUACGUAUACGCGAUAACCAGGGAUAA